ACAUGAGACGGCGCAGUGACGUCGUUACGUUGUUUACGACAGAUGACUGUUGCUGUUCAACAGCCCUUCACUUGUUAGCUUAGUGCUUUAACAUACAUACAUUUCCCAUUAGGUAGGCAAUGAGCGUAAGUGGGAUUUAAGGUGGAAUGAAGUGUUCCUGCAGAGUUGAGAAAUCAGUAAUGCCGUAGAGGAAAGAGAGGCGCUGCCAAGUCUCCUCCAUCUGGAAGGAGAGGUGUCCUCAAAAAUGGCAACUGAACUCCAUGAGACUAUAUUUAUGGCCAAGCAGCAGCGCCACAAAAACCUGUUUCUUAACUACAGGAACCUUAAUAAUUUCCCUGUAGAGCUGCUGAAAGAUGAAGGCCUGCAGUUUCUGGAGAGACUGUACAUGAAGAGGAACUCACUCACUACAUUGCCUGACAAUCUUGCACAGAAGCUUCCAAAUCUAAUUGAACUGUAUUUGCACUCAAACAACAUAGUCAUUAUUCCUGAAGCUAUCGGAAACUUGGCCAGGCUGCAGUCAUUGGACCUGAGUAAUAACGCCCUCCAGCUCCUCUGUCCAGAGGUUGGCCGACUGAGGUCCCUACGGCACCUGAGACUGUCCAAUAACCAGCUGAAAUGCCUCCCUCCAGAGAUUGGCGAUCUGCAGGAACUAGAGACUCUGGACGUGUCUAUGAACCAGCUGAUGUCUCUACCAGACCGGCUGCACCGCUGUGUCUCUCUGCAGAAUUUGACGGCGGACCACAACCCAUUGAGCCACAUUCCCCGGCAGCUCUGCUGGCUCCACCGCCUGAACCAGCUCUCCAUGGCCGCUAACCGGCUGACCUUUUUACCGCUCGAUCUGGGCAGAUCACGGGAGCUGCAGUUUGUGUUUGUGGACAACAACGUGGACCUAAAAGGCCUUCCCUCCUACUUGUAUAACAAAGUGAUCGGCUGUAGCGGGUGUGGUGUGUCAUCCCAGGUGCUGGAGGGAGAGUGGGGUGAGGUUCUGGGUGAGGCGUUGAGCGAGGCUCUGGUCGGGCUGCCGGCUGAAGUGAAGGUGGUGGGCUCGGAGACGGAUAACGUGGUUCCCCUCGAGGAGCUCGCCAUGAGGACCCUGCACCGCCUUUAUCACCACCGCCCGACGGACCUGAACUUGCUGCCUCCCAUCACCCUCCCAAAGAGCCUGCUGGACCUGCUGCAGUUCCCACUGGGUCACUGCCACCGCUGCAGCCAAGCCAUGUUCACCAUCAUCUACCCCAAACUCUUCCCCCUCCGUGACACCGCCCUGGCAGGAGUGCACCGCAGGACGACUGUGAGUUUCGUGGCCUAUUGCUGCUCCAGUCACUGCCUCCGGACAUUUAACCUGCAGGGGUGACAUCGCCUCCUUCGCCUGGCCCCCUUCCACUCAGGAGCUGCUGAUGGGUCUCCAGACGGUGACGCCUCGUCAUCUGUCACUCGGAUCUUGAAGGUCUGUGCAGCAUCAGUGCAGACAAGUAGAGAGAAGCAGCCUGUGCGGAUGUUUGGUGGGUCAGAUGAUGGACGCAGGACGUUUCAACACAAAACACUGAGACUAACCAGCUGGGAGGAUUGUAUUCCUUUUGUGUGUAUUAACAACUAUGUGUGAACAGUGCACUGCUGUGUUCAUUUAACUUCAUCUUGUCUAGAAACAGUAUUAGACCUGAAGUAACUACAAAUCCCCCCCAUUCUCACAAGUGGGCACUUUAAAAAGUUUGAAGAACAAGCACUGUUUGGAUUUUUGUGACCAUUUUUCACACAGAAAUAUUUUGCAGCAGACACAUCCCACUGAUUGUGGAGUCAUCUUCGAGGUAUUAACAUUUGUAGAAUGAUUUGUUUUACUGAUUACUUAAAAAAAAAACACUUGAAGGAUUACAAUUAAAAAGAAUGUAUCUAUUUGAUAUGUGUCAUUUUCAGCAGCAAGUUGUUAAAGGAGACUUAAUAACUUUCCAACAGAAGCCAUGUGUCUUUGAACAAGACACCAAACUCUCACAUACAUUAAAUGCUUUACAUUUGGAGCCAAACUCAUGGUCAUAAUUCUAUAUUAAUUUCUUAGACAGUUUCCAGACUAUAAUAUAAAGUUUGGCAGAGUUCACAAUGUUGGUCAUAUUGUAGUGUAGGUAUCUGUUUUAAAAAUAUUGACCGGUUUUGGAGCAAAAUUCCAUGUUAUUAACCUUUUGAAAAGUAAUAUUUUUGUUAUGAGUACAUGCUUUAAACUAAAAUGCACUCUGUAUAAAACUCAAAGGAACUUAAAAUGCUCAAAUUGUUGCAACAACCUUGAAGGUUUAACAUUCACAGCCUCAGCAGCCUCACUCAGUUCAAAGUCAAAGGUUUCUGUCAUCAUCUGUAGGAAAUGAACUUUGUAUAAAUAUAUAAAUAGAGGCACUGUGUGAUUCUCUGGUUGAACUGACGCUUGUGUGUUCAUGUUCAUUACUAUGUUGUACAGUUCUAAUUUAUCAUUUGUUUUGAUUGUGUUGCUUUUGACAGUAAAUGUUGACUGAUGUCUGACUUGAA